UUGACGAAAAAGAAGGGAAAAGACGAGGCCACCUGGAAAUUCUGGGAGAAGGACGGGUCGGGCAAGGUCAACCCGCUCCAGGGCGAGGAUGCGUAUAAUGAGGCGCUUGUGGGCGCGAAGGAGAUGGAGCGAGAUCUGAGAAAAAGUAUGAAGGCGGAAAUAAGGGACACGCUAUCAAAACUUGAUAAAGGAGGUUUUUUGGGCUCCUUUGGAGUCGAUAAUCCCGAUACCCUCGUGAAGGAUUUUGAGGCACAGGUUGAGGGAGCAGGCAGCCCAGAGGAGCUUGGGGAGAGCUUGGAUGCUUACAUCAAGAGCUUGGAAAAACAACUCACAGAGAGGGGAUUUGAUGUAAGCGCAUUCGACGAUUCGAACCCUAUGGCAAACCUACGCGUCAUCGAGACGACGGCUGCGACAGAACCGGCAAACCGCAAGAUGAGCCUCCCAAUACCACAAAUUCCCGAGACAGCGUGGAGACCCAACCAGCGGAAGAAGCUUGUUCGAUUGAACUCUACACUCAAGCGGGUCACGAAAGAAAUGGGAAGAGGGGAAAAGAUGACCGUCGAGGCAGCCGUGUCUGUUUGGAAGGCGUACAACUUGGCACGGCAAACACUGGCGACGUCCUGGGCUAAUGUUCCCCACGAGGUCUGGGACCUUUUGUGGCAGUAUCUGUCCCUGGACGAAGCCAACAACCCCAGCCGACUUACGUUUCUUUCGAUGCUGGCGAGGGACAUGAGCGAAGCGAAAGUGCCUCUGAGUCCUUCUCAGCAGCUUGCAUCCGUGGAAGCUAUGUUUGCGUAUGGAUGGAAGGACAAGGCUAUGCACAGCUGGAAACGAUGCAUGCCGAGUCUCGGCGAUACCGGCGCUGAUACCUUUCAUAAGUUCUGGGAGCUCGGGGUACGCAUGUUCUGCGAGAUGGGAGACCUGGCUCAAGCAGAGCGUGCAGUCAACAAGAUUUUGGAACGUCAGCUCGACCCUCGCAUUCUGAUGCCCUUCAUCAGAACAUGUGCAGAGGACCCAGAGGAGUCGUCACAAGAGAAAGCGUGGGAUGCAUACCGACGUAUGAGAGAUCUGCUUGGCGAGUCCAUGGAACUCGAAGAUUACGACAAGGUCAUUUCGUUCUUCUUGACAACAAAUCAGACCGAGCUUGCUCUGCAAGCUUUCGUCGACAUGAUGAGCUCGGGAACAAUCGAUGUCAGGGGGAAGCAAACUCUGCCCUCCCAGAUCGGGAAUAAGUUUUUCUUCGGCAAAUGGUUAAAGCGGCUCAUCGGUGCUGGAGACCUGGAAGGCGCAUAUAGCGUUUUCAAGUACAUGCGGUCAAUUCACGUUGAGGCGGCCAGCAUUCAGAUUAACGGCCUGAUCGGUGCCUGGCAAAGGUCAGGCGGUGCCGACAACCUUCAGAAGGCCGAUGAUCUCGCCUGGGAGAUGAUCAACGCCCGCAUCGAGUUCGUCAAUGUUCGUCGCCGACUGUCUCGUACAGACGCUCCUAUCCGCACCGUAGACAUUCCCCGAUCUGAAAAGAGGUCGGCGGCGAUGCCGAAGGCAACACUCGAGACUUUCUCCCUGCUUGCCGAGAACUACCGACUUCGGAGGCUGCACGACCAACUAGAGAAGCUAUGGAACGCUUCCACGGAGGCAGAGAUCAGUCCAGGUGCCUUCAUGAUGAACCAGCUGAUAGAGUCCUACUCUCAGAUGGGCAACAUUGCAGAAGCAAGAGAUAUUUACCGCAUGCUCGUACACGAACGUCAGGUGAAGCCUGAUCCUCACACGUUCAUGGAGUUGUGGAAGAUGCUUGGAAUCAAUAGGCUACACAGCCUGUCCGGUGACCAUCUCGUCGACGAGAUUAAGCUCACUAGGGAGACGUUCGCGGAGACGAUUCGAUUCGCUCACGUCUUCAAAGCCGAGGGCUUUGACGGCCAAUUCGCGAGGAAGAUAUUGCAUACCUUCCGCCGGCUGAAAGACACCAUCGGCAUCGUCAUCGCCCUACGAGCAUUCAAAGAGCUUUUCAACUACGGGCCGCCAGAGAUGCUCACCCUUGAGAUGCUAAUGGAAACUACUGGUCUUACCUGGGAUACCGCUGGAGUGAGACGGAAGCUGCAUCUCGCGAAGCGCGGUAUUGAGAGAUACGUAGUGGAGCGGCCACGUGAGGUUCCGCAAAACAAGACUCUGGAGCAAAUGACACCGCAAGAACGCAGGCAGGAAAUGUCGGACUAUCUCCAGGAGAAAUAUCUCCAUGAAUUCGGUGAUGUUCCUGAUGGAUUAUUGGAGCAAGUCGCCGACGAAAUGGGCGUGUACGAUAUUCUUGCAAAAAGGGGUUAG